CAAUGAAAGGUGUUGAUAACGCACUACUUACAGAUAAGUCGAGAAGGCCAAAAUCAAGAGAAGUUAGUUCAAGAUUCCUCUCUCCAAAGUCAGCACCAUCGUCUGAUAUGGGGAUCCCAUCUCCAAACCAAGCUUUCUCCCCACGCCGCUCGGUAAAAUCAUCAAUGCCACCUGAUGAUCGAAAGCAUCGGAGCCUUGAUCAAGGCCUUUGGCCCUCUUCCACUACUACUAUUUCUCAGUCAUCUGACAAAAAAAUUGGCACCCUUGCUGAGCAUUUUGGAAAUGAGAGAUUAAGAGACUUUCUUGACCGAAAAGCUGACGAGAAAUCGUCUUGUUCUAGCGUUUUCUUGCUUGGUAGACAAAGAAGUUGCAGUGAGUUUAGCAGGUUUCAGAAUGAGAAAGAGAAAGAGAAAGGAAGUGCGAAAGAGAAUCAGAGACCAAUCCUUGGAGGGUCCAUGAGGUACACCGGAAAGUUCAAGUUUCCAGGAAAAUCUUCCUCGUCAUCUUCUUCAUCCAAUUCUUCGUCUGACAAUUCAGGUAUUGUUCCCGGAAGAAUGUCUGUUGAUGAAAAUGCCCUGUAUAGAAAAUCGCAUAGACGAAGAUCGGAUUUUUUUAUGGACAAUUUUGAGUCAGAAUCAGAGCCUAGUGAUACAUAUUCAACUACGGAUUUUAGCUCUCCAGGGAUGGGUAAAAGUUCCUCUCACUCUCGAAAAUCCGGUAUAGAUGUUUCUUCCAAAUAUUUGCAGGAUGUAGCAAAUAGGUCCAGAAGAUUGAACUCAGAUUCGAAUAUACAGAAUCCUGUAUCAUUAGACAGUUCUCCAAGGUUGAAGAAAUUUACAAUAAAAAAUGCUAUCAAGAGGGCUAAUUCGUUAACUGGGUAUGGAAGUGCAACAUCGCAAUGGGCCUUGUCGCCAGGGAGAUCAGGCUCUCCUCCUAUGUCUGUAGAGAGUAAGCAGAGGCCACUAUCAUUCUCUAGUUUGAAGCCACCGAGUAGUCCUUCUAGGGCCAAAGGUGUGGAAAAAUUGCUGAAUAUGGGACUAGACUUGUUUAAGAGCAAGAAAACUUCCUCAUCGCCAAAGGGGUCUGGAGAUGUGGAGGCUGUACAUCAGCUGAGAAUGCUUCAAAAUCGGCUGAUGCAGUGGCGCUAUGCGAAUGCUCGAGCUGAUGCUGUGAAUGAAAAGAUGAUUAAUCAAGUGGAGAACAAAUUGUUGUGUGCUUGGGAUGCCAUUACAAAGAUGGAACAGUCAGUGCUGCAUAAGAAGUUACAGCUUCAGAAGGAAAAACUUGAAAUGAAGCUAGACUUUAUACUCAUGUCUCAAAUUAAGCCAUUGGAAUCCUGGGGUGAUAUGGAAAGACAACACCUAUCAGCAGUUUCCAUGAUGAAAGAGUGUCUGCAUUCUGUUGUUUGCAAAAUCCCUCUCACCGAAGGAGCUAAGGUGAACCCUAAAUCUGCUUCCAUUGCUCUUCAACAUGCAUUAGAUCUUGCAGCUUCCAUCAAGGCUAUACUAGCUAAUUUUUCGCCAUCAGCAGGAGAGACCAUUUCAUUGCUUUCAGAAUUGGCAGACACAGUUGCACAAGAGAAGUUGCUCAUGGAGGAAUGCCUUGAACUUUCCAGGAGCAUAGCUCUGCUAGAGAUGGAAGAGAGGAGCUUGAAAAGUCAUAUUAUUCAACUGAAAUCAUGUCAACAACUAUACCAGCAGCAGCAGCAAAAUGAAGAAGAAGAAGAAGAGAUCCCUUUAUAGCUUCCGGCAAUGCUUUAACAGCAAUAUUAGGAGGAUGAACACAAAAAUAUAGUAGGUGAUAAAACAAAAUUGAGGAAUGAUUAUUGAACUUGAUGUGAUUUCGACUCGAUCGCGACCCAUAGGCCUCUAGAACAACUGAAGAAUUUGUCAAUUACCGAUGGAUAAUAAUUAACUGUUUCAGAAAGAUGAUGAUGUUAGGAUUUCAAUGCAAAGUAUAAUAUUUGAAUUUCACAUUGGAAAGUAUGAACUUUUAUUAUGGGGUUCAUAUGUCAUUGGAUUCUGCACUCUUAAUAGUUAGCUUUUAAAGUAUGGUUCUCUUAAAUUUUAUA